UGCAAGUGUUGGCCUGGAUUCCGGCUGAAAGAUGAUGGGAAAACGUGCGUGGACGUUAACGAAUGUUCCUCCAGCCUACCCUGCAGCCAGCGUUGCAUCAACACGUACGGCUCCUUCAAGUGUAUGUGUGUGGAUGGCUACGAAGCCCUGGAGCGAAACCCCAACACCUGCAAGGCUCUCUCAGGUAAGGCUAUUCACAUGUCUUGGCAGCAAGCUUGUACUGUAAUAUACUGCAGUCCGUCUGAAUAAUUCACUAGUGAUGUACAGUAUUUUACAUAAUUUCAAUUGAUGUUCAAGUGGUGUUCAAAAAGAUGUUUACCUACGUGUAUAUUUAGAAAUGUCGAACUUGUACUGUAGUAUACUGGUACUGUAGUCUGAUCAGGGCCGGCUUAAUGCAGGGGCUUACCGGGGCUGAAGCCCCUGGGCCCAGGCCCGUGGAGGCCCAAGAGGCAGUAUAUACUGCAACCGCCAACCACAGGAGGAUUCAGGAGCCUACUCAUAUGCGUGAGCGCUGUCAAAUCCCCAGGCGACACCGAAGCAGACAUUGCCAUUUUUCUUUAUUUUGACUAUUUUCUACAUUGUAGAAUAAUAGUGAAGACAUCAAAACUAUGAAAUAACACAUAUGCAAAAAAGUGUUAAACAAAUCAAAAUAUAUUUUAUAUUUGAGAUUCUUCAAAUAGCCACCCUUUGCCUUGAUGACAGCUUUGCACACUCUUGGUAUUCUCUCAACCAGCUUCACCUGGAAUGCUUUUCCAACAGCCUUGAAGGAGUUCCCACAUAUGCUGAGCACUUGUUAGCUGCGGUCCGACUCAUCCCAAACCAUCUCAAUUUGGUUGCGAUUGGGGGAUUGUGCAGCACUCCAUCACUCUCCUUCUUGGUAAAAUAGCCCUUACACAGCCUGGAGAUGUGUUGGGUCAUUGUCCUGUUGAAAAACAAACGAUAGUCCCAGUAAGCCCAAACCAAAUGGGAUGGCGUAUCGCUGCAGAAUGCUGUGGUAGCCAUGCUGGUUAAAUAAAUCACAGACAGUGUCACCAGCAAAGCACCCCCACACCAUAACACCUCCUCCUCCAUGCUCUACGGUGGGAAAUACACAUGCAGAGAUCAUCCGUUCACUGCACCGCGUCUCACAGAGACACAGCGGUUGGAACCAAAAAUCUCAAAUUUGGACUCCAGACCAAAGGACACAUUUCCACCGGUCUAAUGUCCAUUGCUCGUGUUUCUUGGCCCAAGCAAGUCUCUUCUUCUUAUUGGUGUCCUUUAGUAGUGGUUUCUUUGCAGCAAUUCGACCAUGAAGGCCUGAUUCACACAGUCUCCUCUGAACAGUUGAUGUUGAGAUGUGUCUGUUACUUGAACUCUGUGAAGCAUUUAUUUGGGCUGCAAUUUCUGAGGCUGGUAACUCAAAUGAACGUAUCCUCUGCAGCAGAGUUAACUCUGGGUCUUCCAUUCUUGUGGCGGUCCUCAUGAGAGCCAGUUUCUUCAUAGCGCUUGAUGGUUUUUGCGACUGCACUUGAAGAAACUUUCUAAGUUCUUGAAGUUUUCCGUGUUGACUGACCUUCAUGUCUUAAAGUAAUAAUGGACAGUCGUUUCUCUUUGCUUAUUUGAGCUUUUGUUGCCAUAAUAUGGACUUGAUCUUUUACCAAAUAGGGCUAUCUUCUGUAUACCCCCCCUACCAUGUCACAACACAACUGAUUGGCUCAAACACAUGAAGAAGGAAAGACAUUCCACAAAUUAACUUUUAAGGAGGCACACCUGUUAAUUGAAAUGCAUUCUGGAUAACUACCUCAUGAAGCUGGUUGAGAGAAUGCCAAGAGUGUGCAAAGCUGUCAUCAAGGCAAAUGGUGGCUAUUUGAAGAAUCUCAAAUAUAAAAUAUAUUUGAAUUUGUUUAGCACUUUUUUGGUUACUACAUGAUUCCAUGUGUUAUUUCAUAGUGUUGAUUUCUUCACUAUUGUUCUACAAUGUAGAAAAUACUAAUAAUAAAGAAAAACCCUUGAAUGAGUAGGUGUUCUAAAACUUUUGACCGGUAGUGUACAUGUAACUGCCAAAAUAAAGGACACACCAACAUAAAGUGUCUUAAAAGGGUGGUGGCCACCUUGAGCUGCCAGAACAGCUUCAAUGAGCCGUGGGAUAAAUUCUACAAGUUGACCUAAACCAUGCCAGGAAAAUGCACCCCACACACCAUAAUAUAAACUUUGUGUUCCUCAUUUACUCAUGUGUUUCGUUUAUUUUGGCAGUUACCGGUUGCCUACAGUCGGGAAGGCCGCAAUUUGGGCAGCACGCACGCCAAAUAUACAGCUUGUUGCAUUGUGGCCAUAGACAUAUAAUCCAUAGAAAGGUUUUGGAACCUCUUACCCUGGCAAUUGGAAUGUUAAACUCAUGGGUACACUAGCAAUGCCUGCCAGUCCUGAUUUGAAUGGGAACUGCCAUCUAUGGAUUGUAUUUCUAUGGCUGUCUUUUGCAAAUUUCAAAAUACAAUUGUGGGAAAAACGUACAGUUUGGAAAGCAAAUGUCUACAGCUGAAAAGAAAAGACUAAUCUGUCCGUAGAACCAAUAGAAAAACAAAUUCUCAACAACUCCCAAUUUUUUGAGAACAGCAGCACUGUUGUUCAAAGUAGCUCACCUUGAGAUAGGCUAAUGCCACGAUGAGCGCGUCGGCCAUCACCAUGAGUAGGAGCCUUUGGCUUCAUCUUUAUUAUUAGGUGAGUCAAUAUGACACUGGAAAUUGUAUUUAAUAGCCUACUGUAGCCUGUUAUAUGAGUUAAUGUAUUCUAAAUGACGUAGAAUUGCAUGAGUCUGAUGGAAUAGUUCCAAUGAAAGAAAUGUUGACCUUAUUCUAAAGGAUGUUUAUGGUUAUGUUCUCUUCCUUUCAGUGGAGGAACCUUUUCUUGUACUGGCAGAUCAUCAUGAAAUCCGGAAACUAAGUGUGGAUGGAUCAAAUUACACAAUUUUGAAACAGGUAAGAGGAAACCUUAUAUCUACACAAGUGGUAGUAUUUGUUUUAAACUGA